AUGCCUACCUACGGAGUACACAUUGAUCCGUGUGCUUCUAUAACCGACACCGACAGCCCUCGAAAUAUCGGCGCAUCGCCGUCAACAGACCGUCAGAGCAUCUGUGUUGCCUAUUCGGACACCCCCGAAAUGCUGUCCUUCACCUUGGCCGGACACGCCGUUGAAAAUUCUCCGAGGCCAUCUGCCUGUCCCAAUGCAGACAUGGAGCUUGGUAUGGGUGCUUCUGCUUUGGGCAUUGCAGAGGAACCAGAGCGGUCCGCGGCUCAAACGCCUUCGUUCCUACAAAGGAUUCCUCCAGUCUUUCCAACGGCGAAAUCUUUCAAGCCACUCCGCUGCGUGGCUGGUUCGACUGCCGCCGACAAGCUCUCCUCGAUAGCCGGCCGGACGUCGUGGCUUGGGCUUCUCUGCUCUGCGCCUUUGCUAGGCCGCGGCUCUUUUGCUUCGAAAGUCGGCCUUGGCCGUCCCCCAGAGGAAGCGUUUGCGACGUUUGGCUUACAUGCGCGCGCGCUAUGCAUAUUCGCAAUCGAGCAUCUCCUCUAUAUUAUGGGUAAGUAG